AUGGCACGAGAAAUCAAGUGUUAUUCACCAGAUUGGUAUGGGUGGAUAGGUACCAAUCCGAUUCCUAAUUAUGGUCCAAUAGUGAACAAUAUAAAUCGUCUUUUUAAUAUUAUAAAUCAGACAUUUCACACACAGUAUACUCCGAACUGGCUCGGUUGGAUCGGUACAAAUCCAAUUCCUUCAUAUGGUCCAGUUGUCAACAAUAUUAACACAUUAUUUCAUCUAAUCAAUCAGCAUUUUCACAUUCCAAAUCAACUUGAAACACCUGAUUGGACAGGAUGGAUCGGUACCAAUCCAAUUCCUUCUUAUCGUCCGAUUGUGAACAAUAUCAAUAGACUUUUCGUUCUUGUCUCGCGCUUUGGUUAG